GCUUCAUGUUUCUCGAAGGAGAGCGGAUUAUGAGCGCCUUCGGGCAGCAGCCGUCGCCGCAGCAGCUGAGCCCGGUGGCCAACCCGAGCGCGCAGGACGUGUUGGACAUGGCCGCCUACUGCGACAACCUGAGCGCCUACCACCACCACCAUCACCAUCAACAACAGCAGAGCGCACACCACCCAUCACCCAGAUCUUCUGUGCAUGCUCCGGCCUACGGCCUGGCUGAGUACGCAGCUCCCGGUGCUAACCCGUACCUGUGGCUAAACGGGCCGAGCAUCGGCACCGCUUCCUCUCCGUACCUUCCAGGAGGCGCGAACGGGGCCUCCACUUACAUGCAGCCUGGUUAUGGAGCGAAUCAGCGGCAGUUCCUGGCACCUCCAGCCGGGUUCCACGGGACCGACCUCUCAUGGCUGGCCGUCCCGGGACAACAGGACCUUUUCAAGAUGGUUCGACCCCCAUACUCGUACUCCGCCCUGAUUGCCAUGGCUAUCCAGAACGCACAGGGCAAGAAACUCACACUCAGCCAGAUCUACCAGUAUGUCUCCGAUAACUUCCCGUUUUACAAAAAGAGCAAAGCAGGCUGGCAGAACUCCAUCAGGCACAACCUCUCGCUUAAUGACUGCUUUAAGAAGGUCGCGCGUGACGAAGACGAUCCCGGCAAGGGCAAUUACUGGACUCUGGACCCGAACUGUGAGAAAAUGUUUGACAACGGUAACUUCAGGAGGAAGAGGAAAAGACGAGUGGAUGCGGUGAAAACGGAGGACACGAGCGCGCUCAAACUGGCGGACACGGCGAGCCUGUCGGGGGUCGUACAGCGUUCCCCGAGCCCGAGCGAGCCCAAAUCCUCACCAGAACCCAGCCCGUGUUUUAACACGUUUGUCAGCACCAUGAACUCGGUGAUGGCAGGAAGCGGUGACGGGAUGAGGGCGCGGGACACCGGCGCACUGCUGGCGGAUUUAACGCGUGGUCGGGAGGGUGUGUCGCCCCUGAGCUCCUACUGCCCCGGAGAGACAGCGCCUCCGAGCGACCCGGCCCACAUGAGCCACAGACUGAGCUACUACACCCCCGGCUUCGGCAAUCACUUCAGCGUGAACAGUUUAAUCUACAACCGAGAGGGAACCGAGGUUUAGGCGGGACUUGGAUAGACAGAAUAGGAUCUAACUGCGCUCUGUGAGCGCACACCUCAUCUUUUCACCUUUACUUGUGCUUUGUUUUUUUUUUGUUUUUUUUUUGACACAGUACCAAACCAAUUGCACUGUCAAGUUCUGUAAAUAUGUAUAUACGCAGUAAACUUUUCUAUAUUCCAGUUGAUUUGUCAGGCUUGAUGCUCUUGCAUCUAUCGCAAAGAAAUAAAAAUAAUAAACCGCUUUGCAUGGACAUCACCUGCACGGGUCCUAAGUCUAAAUGUGGAGCUUUUACUCAGCAGGAAGCCAGGAUAAGAAUGUUACUGUGUAUGCAACAUGGUUAUUGAAAAACUAUUUUCGUGUUAUACCCAUGUUUCAGUAAGCAUGCUGCAUCAUGUUCAUGGUCCACACUGUCAAAUUUGUACAAAAUUUUGUUGACUU